AUGGGGGUGGGUGGCGAAAACUUGCCAAGGGUUUCAGGGAGCUGGCGGAGACCUCAGGAAGAAGGGAGACGGACUCCGCCGGUGGUGUCGCCCGCGGCCCGGGAGGAUCGGGCCUCGUCGUCCCGGGAGCGCUCCACGUCGCGUGGCCGCGGCGCCGCCCGCUCCUCCUCCCGGGACAGCGGCCGCGGAGGCCGGGGUCGAGGCCGCGCUGCCCGCCCCUCGCCCUCGCCCACAGGUGGUCGCGUGCCCGGUUUCGACCCCACAGCCUUUGUGAAAGCGAAGGAGAAGCAGCAGAGAGAGAUCAAGAUGAAGGGAGCGCCCACUUCCCCUUGUCCUGCCCACAUCCCCGCCCCAUUACCUGGCCCCCUGACCUGUGCCCUGGUCUAUCCCCGUUUCCCACCUGUGUCCAUCGCCUGUCACCUGCUCCAUCUCUCCCCUUCCCCCUACCUGCUCCCGCUUCUCACCUGACCUUCGCCUCCUCUCCUGACACCCCCCCAGCUUGGUCUGUGACUCCGAAUGCUUUUCCCUACUUAGGCCGUGUGACCUCAGGCGGGUCACCGGCCCUGGCUGGGACCCCCAAGGGCGCAGCAUCGCCCUUCCCCACAUUAGCUGGGCGCACAGGCGGGCGUCUCCCUCCCGCUCCCCAGGCAGCAGC